GUCCUUCUCCCUUCUAUCGUUCUUUGUCUUGUGGAAGAUGGGAUGCGCAGCUGAUGAGUUGUUCAAAGUAAGUAAGGAGCUGGUGAUACUAUGCAAAGGCUGGACAAAGAACAACCGCCAACUAUGUCGUCCAUGUGACUUCUUCCCGUUUCUCUCUUUUCCUUCCUUCCAAGCUGUGCUCAAUUUGAUGCUGCUGUAGUAUGAUGUAUAAAAGAGCAUAUUCCCUACCUCCAAAUGAGGCUGACCAAACCCUCCCUCAGAGCUUUUCACGCACUUCAACUCUGGGUCCCAGAACCGACUGUAAGGCUUCAGAACCAAUAUUAAUGUGCUUUUUUGCUGAUAGUAACUUCAGUUUUUAUAACAGCUCUCAUUUGGCCAAAAGAUCGCUUCAAUAUGGACAAGAGGAAGAGAGGAAAGGAUGAUGAAACAGGAGGAUAUAAGCGCGUUCGAAUUGACUUGGAAAGUCUACCUGCGCAUCUAACAUCUAUUAGCCAAAUGUUUGGCGGCGUGGAACUCAGCUCGGACACCAAAACCACUCUUUGUGAAACCAUUGCCAGCUCUAGAGAGAAGCUAGUCAAUGGGGAUCCAGUUGACGGGGUCGACAUUCUCAAGAAAGGCAUUUUUUCAUUGCAUUGUGCUCCAGAUGUUGUCUUCAAGUUCUCGGACGGCGACGGAUUAGAACUGAGAUCUCGCUGGCAUCGUGCCAUGCAAAGUUUCGCCAGUAUACAUAAACAGCCUAAGUUUGACUCGCUUGUUUUCCCUCGGCAGACUCUCUUCGAACUGCAAGUCAAUGGCAAAGAGGGUAUAGUCAUUGCCGAGGAACGAUUGCCACUGGCCAACAACUAUUUGGUACAUAAGCAACGUUAUGAGUCGCUCGGUUCACGCCUUGAACCCGCACUUCGAAACCUCACAAAAUUCAUUGUCCUCAGUGGCUUUAGUCGGGUGGAAUUCAAGACCAUCCCGAUUCUCCACAAACAAGAGCUGGAGCCUGGGGCCAACCCGAAGAUUGGCCUGGUGAACCUCGGCAGCUGUGGCGGUAUUCAUGGAGAGCAUGCCCGGAAGACUUACCAUGACGCUUUCUUUGGAAACGGCCAGACUUCGCGAGGCUUGUUCCGAUGUAUCGCUCCAGAGCACUUUGCCGUAGUUAAAAGCGAAGCGUCAAAGCACAAGGUGACCUUUAACGAAAAGAUGUAUUUUGAUGCUCGGAAAGUCCGCCGUGAUGAUCUUGAAGAGGCUCGUCACAAUCUUGAGCUCGCCAGUGAAAACGACGCCUAUGAAAACAGAGCUAAGAGCAUAUUUGAAGCUGUUGCGACGGCCCUAUCCGUGGCUAUUCCGCCGACCUUGGAGAUUAUCACCAAUCGUCUUGACGCCCUCGAUGAGAAACAGCAACUAUUCAUGGCAACUCGGUGGUUCAGGGUUAGGUCCAUCGAUCAACCAGAUCUUAUUUUGCGUGGCGUCAUGGUAUUAGACCCUGAAAAUAGAUCGCGGGCGGCGCUGAGCAUGUCGAUCCAAGGGAGCAUCGCAUCCUCAUUAGCAGAUACUACAUCCCUUCGCCGGCACUUAGGCCACUUUUGCUGCAUGGACUUGAUAAAUCGAGAGCACACACCAGAAGAGACGGACUACCCUUUCAUCCAAGGCGACGACUUGCCCGCAGUUGGCAGACUGAAGGAUGCGAGAUACUUGCACCAACUCAUGGGCUCCCUUUAG